AUUUCCGGGUCGAGAAGAACACACCUCCUCCGGUCUGAAAACCAUCUGAGAAACACGACGUAAAUAAAACAGGACAAGUUGUAUCGUGGUGUUAGUUUCUGAAUCUAGACUGUUAUGAACGGGGCUCGUUCCCCCCCUCAGAUUUAUGUGAGGAGUGUCGGUUCAUCAUGGUGAAGUGUGUUGUCUCCGGGUGUCCGAACCGCGUGGUGAACGUUAACUUUAACCGGGGGGUCCUCAACCGACCACCGAAGAGGUUCUUCAGCUUCCCGAAAGACCCAGCGCAGGUCAAGGUAUGGCUGGCAGCGCUGAGAGAGACGGAUAAGCAGGACUUGACUGAGCAGCGUUUAAUCUGCGAAGACCACUUCCUGCCGGAGGACAUUUCCACCGAUGGGGUCAAAAGUGGCGCCAUUCCCAUCAUGCCCCCCUGCCUGGAGGGUUCUCUGGGUAUGAUUAACCCCUGGGGAGCUGAAUCGUCUGAGGAAGAGGAUAAGGGGGGCACAGGCGGUGAUGAUGACGACAACGGUGAGGCUGAUGAUGGCGACGAUGAUGAUGACGAUGCGUUGGAAGGUGGUGAUCCUGUUAAUGUGGAAGCAGAUGAUCCACCACAGCAGGAUUCAGGAGCCAAGAAGACUUCAGGGGCCAAGAAGACUGGCGUCAGCCUGCAGAGAGAGAUGAUCCAAACCAAGGGAGUCCACAGACAGGGUGCGUCCCUGGGGGUGCUGACGCUGAGUUUCCUGGGGUUGAUGCAAGCGGCUCCAGGCUGCUUGCUGGACCUCAAUCAUGUGACCACGAGCCUGAAGACCCGCAGGCGACGAGUCUAUGACAUCACCAACAUCCUGGAAGGCAUGCUCCUCAUCAAGAAGAAGUCGGCCAACAUGUACAAAUGGACGGGAAAGGCUCCGAUCUCCAGCUUUCUGCAGACAAACAAACAGAAGUUGGAGACAGAGUUGGAGAACCUGAAGCUUGGGGAGGACAUGCUGGACGACCUCAUCAAAAGCUGUACGCAGCAGCUCUUCGAGAUGACUGACGACAAAGAAAACGCUGCGCUUGCCUACUUGACCUACGAGGACGUCAGCCGGUUCAGCGCCUUCCAGGAGCAGACGGUGAUCGUUGUCAAAGCUCCGGCAGAUACCACAUUGGAGGUUCCUGCACCAAAAGAGGACAGCAUCCAGAUCCAUAUAAAGGGGGGGUUGGGUCCCAUCAAGGUGCUGGCGUGUGAUAUAGGGACAGGAGACGUAACGGGAGAGAACAGCGGCUGCUUCUUAACGCUGGAGAAAAGCCGGAUAAAGACGCGUUCGCUCUAUGAAGAUUCAGAGUCGGACAAUGAGGACCUGAUUCAACCGGAGUGUGACGUGGAGGACAACAGAGUGGAUUACCUCGUCCUAGAUCAAACAAUGGAAGAUGAAGAUGAGGAGGAGGAGGAUGGUGAAGAUGAUUACAGACCACGUCCAUCAACAUCCAUUGCUUCUCCCACCUUUCAGCCACAGUCUCCCCUUCCUGUGACAGACUCCAUCCCCCCUCAGCCAGAUGAAGACAUGGAUGGUGACGAAGGUUACAGGACAGGGCCAUCAACAUCCAUCACCUCUCCCACCUCUCAGUCACAGCAAGGCUGCUCUACUCAACAGAUGUCUGCACCUGUUUCUCAGCCACAGUCUCCAUUUCCUGUGUCGGACUCCAUCCCCCCUCAGCCAGAUGAAGAAGAGGAGGAAGAAGAAGAGGAGGAGGAGGAGGAGGAGGAGGAGGAGGAGGAGGAAGAGGAAGAAGAGGAGGAGUACAUGGAUAUGGAUGAUGAUGAGGAGGAGGAAGAUGAGGAGGAUAUGGAUGAUGAUGUUGAGGAUGAAGAAUACACACCGGGGCCAUCAGCAAGGUCACCAUCCCCAAAGAAACGCCGUCUCAGUGAGUCUGCCACUUCGAGAGUGAGAGAGGAGGAAGACUGGGACGAAGAUCGGUGGCAUAACGGAGAAGAGACAGAUAAACAACCGGAUCCACUCAGGUUCACGCCCACCAGGAAGCCUGGCCCCACCUUUGAUACCACCAACUCGUGGUCUCCUCUUUCACUUUUCCAGCUGUUUUUUAGCACCUCUGUUGUCCGCACCAUCAUCACAAACACAAACAUUAAUGCUGCCAAGAGAAAGCUGGCUGGAUUCAAGUUUCUUUGGAAACCUCUGACAGUGAAAGAUUUCUAUAUUUUCCUGUCCAUUAUCAUCUACUCUGGGCUUGUAAAAGUGCAUACCAGAUCUGACUUUUGGAGAAAGGAAUGGCCAUACAACUUCCGAUUCCCUGGAGAUACAAUGUCACGGGAUCGCUUUGAAAGCAUCCUAUGGUCCCUGCACCUGAGCGACCCGGCAGAAGACGAAGAGAACGACCGCAAGAAGAACACUGCAGAGUACGACCGACUCUUCAAGAUCAAACCCUUGUACACUGAGAUAGUGAAUGCCUGCAAAGUACACUUCCAGCCUUAUCGGAACAUUUCCAUAGAUGAAAGGAUGGUGGCUACUAGGUCUCGCAUAAGUAGGAAGCAGUACAUGGAGGCAAAGCCCAGAAAGUGGAGGUACAAAUUAUUUGUCCUUGCGGACUCCUUAACGUCCUACACGUGGAAUUUUUUAAUCUAUGAUGGGAAGAGUAGGAACAAUUCAGGCAAGGGUUUGAGCUACACUUCAGUAAUGGACCUUUUGCAAUUCCCAGUCCUCGGUCGCGGCUACACACUGUUUGUCAACAAUUUCUAUUCCAGUGUUGACGUCUUUGAGGAAUUGUCCAGACAAAACAUUGGUGUAUGUGGGACAAUCAGAAAAAAUCAGGUUGGCUUUCCGAAGACCACAAAGAAUGACCUACCAAAGAAAGCUGAAAGGGGAGAUAUGCGGUGGAUACGUCAAAACAAACUUCUGUUUGUAAAAUGGAUGGACGCGCGUGAAGUGACGAUGUGCUCCACUGUGCAUGAAGCAUUUAGCGGACAGACUGUGAAGAGGAGAGUGAGAAAGGCUGGCGUGUGGCAGACCAAAGAUGUGCCCGUUCCCGAUGCUGUUUUAAAGUACAAUCAGUGCAUGGGUGGCGUGGAUUUGUCCGACGCUUUGACUGGCUACUACACUGUGCACCAUAAAACUAUGAAAUGGUAUAAGACCUUCUUUUACUAUUUUAUGGACAUCGCUGUGGUCAACAGCUUCCUUCUUCAUAAGGAACUAUACAAAAGGAAGAACCAUCCCAACAUGAAAAGGCUUUUAAACCAGAAGCUCUUCAGGGAGACACUCGCUUCAGAAAUGCUGAAGUUUGCCAAAGCCUCAGAACCACCUCCAACACCACCAGCAACCUCCUGCAUGCCUGCAUAUCAUGGAGACGAUGGUACCCAAGCCAGGAGGUACUGCAAGCGAUGUCACGAGGCUGGCAUCAAAAAGAUGAAGACACCUGUGUACUGCACAGCGUGCCGGGUCUCUCUGUGCUUCACUUCUAAAAGGAACUGCUUCAUGGAGUGGCACAAGAAAUCAGAUUAAAUGAGAGCAGUUGAACCCCUUUUAUUUCUUUUGUUGGCCAUGGGUGGAGCAGAGGACACUUUAUUCAUUGAAAGUACUUUUUCCCCCCCCUAAAGCUCCAUCCAUGGACCUAAAAUCCAAAUGUUUGGAUAUGUUGACAUAUUUGAAAAUACAUAAACACAUGUUGCAUUGCGUGUAAAUACCUUUUGUGAUAUAAGUGAGUUUAAAAGAAUUUUAGAGUUUAGUCCCUGAGAAAUUUCAAACGGCACAAAUGAUCCUCCGAUGUCCAGUUUGGAGAUUCCGCCCAAACACGCCUUUGCUAAAAACCUCACUAAUGUCUGUUCUGCUUCACUUUAUUAGAAUCAGUCAGGUAAUGUUCAGAUGUUGUGCUGUGGUUUACAAGAGGUUUUGGGCUGCAAUUCUAUAAUUCUGAAGGGGAUAUUCUCUCUAAAAAUGUACAGUUUGAAAUCUUUCAUUUAUGCAAUGUUCCAUCUUCAUUUACUCCAACCCAGUAGCAUCUAUACGUAUGCUUACCUCUGCUGAAACCCCACAAGUGUUAUCUCUAAUAUGAUUAUUCGUAUAGAUCUUGUAGAGGUAUACUAAUAUUUGAGUAGGUGUCUGAGUCAGAGGCCUAUGGAUUAAAAAUAAUAUAAACUUGUAUGGACAUUUUAUAACUAAUAACCAAUAAUUGCUCUUGUAGAGCACCACUUUUAGGUGCCUACAGAACAGAAACAUCAUCUUCUCUUUCAACUAUUCGGUCACUGCAGUGUGCAUUCAGUUGCUAGUCAUUUGCUAUUAUAUAGCAUAUCCUAACUGUAUUUGAACAUGUAUACUUGAAGCCUUGAACUAGGAAGUAGGAACCAAUGUGCAAGAAAAUAAAUUGUCAUCAAAUAUUAAAUAUACUGUGCAAAA